UCCGCCCCUCGGGAUGACGCAGUGCAGCCCAGUGAUCAGUCACGUCUGCUUGAGUUGAAGGAACCAAAAACAGAAGAGUUUUUAUGAAAGCAAGGAAAAGGAAACUCUCAGUUUAUCAGUAUCAGUAGUUCCUCACUUCCGACACCAUGUCCAGACGGGUCUACUUGGUUCACUGUAACCAAAGCUGGGAAGAGGCUGUUAGCUUGUUAGCUUAGCUUCUUAGCCUGACAGUCAACACUGUGUAGCCUGUAGCUAACCUUUUUUUUUCUCUACUGAAGGUAAAGCAGUCAUGACGCAAAAGAUAAACCUGUGCUCGGUUUCCCUCAGAGUUGAGGGAAUGACCUGUGGCUCUUGUGUUCAGUCCAUAGAGCAGCGGAUUGGGUCUCUUCAUGGAGUGAUACAUAUAAAGGUGUCUUUGGAGAAGAAGAGUGCCACGGUUAUUUUUGACUCCAGUCAACAGAGCCSUGAGUCCCUAUCAGAAGCCGUCGAGGACAUGGGCUUUGAGUCCAGCGUACCAGAGAGCAGCACUGCCACUCCGGUGUUUACAGACACUGAGCUGAUCCCCACGUCAGGACUGACACCUGCAGCCCAGCAGGAGGCUUUGGAGAAGCUGUCACAAAUUCAAGGGGUGCUUGACGUCCAGGAGAGCGCACCCAGCAUGGGCCUGACUGUCACCUAUGUUCCUUCGCUGACCUCCGUCCAGCUGCUCAGAGAGGUGGUGGGAGGUGUCUCACCUCAGGAGAAGCAAACUCCUGGCAGCCCAGUGCAGAAAGGCCAGAGCGUGUCCCAGCCGGACACCGCGGCCAGCGAAGCUGCGGUUCUGAAGCUCAGCAUUGAAGGAAUGACCUGCCACUCUUGCACCACCACCAUUGAAGGGAAGAUCGGAAAACUGAAAGGGAUUAAAAAGAUCAAAGUUGUUCUGGACUCUCAGGAAGCUACAGUCGUCUACCUGCCUUACCUCACCACCAUCCAGACCAUCAUCGAACAGAUUAGCGUGGCUGGCUUCAAAGCCUUCGUCAAAUCCAAGCCCCGCCCCCUGCAGCUCUCCAACAGAGACAUCGAACGUUUCAUCGACUCUCAAAAAGCAUCGGCUUCUCCGCCCGAGACGUCCGAGGAGACGGAGGUCUUCGUAGACACGGCGUGCGCCAGGCUCAGGGUGAAAGGCAUGCACUGCCGUUCUUGUGUGGUCAACAUUGAGGACAACAUCUCCAGGCUGCCUGGCGUUUCCUCUGUGGAGGUCUCUCUGGAGAAGGAGCAGGCCUCCAUCUGCUACGACCCUCUGAAGGUCACAGUGACUCAGCUGCAGCAAGCCAUCGAUACCCUUCCUCCGGGAAACUUUAAGACCGAACCCCUGGACUUCUCCCACACUCUCAGUCCCGCAUCCACGUCACCGGCGCUCACCAUCUCAGCACUACAGCCCAGACCUGCUGCUUCACAGCCGUGCUUCACCCAGCCGCUGGUGUCUGCUGUUCAUAUUCACAUCGAAGGCAUGACCUGCAACUCCUGUGUGCAGUCUAUCGAAGGAAUGAUCUCCCAGAGGAAGGGGGUGAGGUCGGCUCAGGUGUCUCUGACUGACCACCAGGGAGUCUUUGAGUAUGACCCUCUUCUCACCACACCAGAGGAGCUGAAGGAAGCCAUAGAAGACAUGGGCUUUGAUGCAUUUUUACCUGAAACCAAUUCUCUGCUGCCUGCAUCGGAUCCCGUACUACCGAGGUCUCCGCGUGUCCAGAAGAAGAACUUCGACAGCGAGCUCCACAACGAAACCCUGCUGGGAUCCACGCCCUCCAAAUGCUACAUCCAGAUCGGAGGGAUGACGUGCGCCUCGUGCGUGUCAAACAUCGAGCGCAACCUCAAAAACGAAGCUGGGAUCUACUCCGUUCUGGUGGCUCUCAUGGCRAGCAAAGCGGAGGUCCGUUACAACCCCGAGGUCACUGAUCCGCAGACGAUAGCGGAGUGUGUGAAGGAGCUGGGCUUCACCGCCUCCGUGAUGGAGAACUACGAGGGAKCCGAUGGAAACCUAGAGCUGGUGGUCAGGGGAAUGACGUGCGCCUCAUGUGUUCAUAAAAUCGAAUCAACCCUCGUCAGAGAGAAGGGGAUUAUAUAUGCCUCCGUUGCCUUGGCGACCAACAAAGCACAUGUGAAGUAUGACGCAGAAGUUAUUGGGCCGCGAGACAUCAUCAAGCUGAUUGAGAAUAUGGGAUUUGAGGCAUCUUUAGUGAAGAGGGACCGUACAGCCAGUCACCUGGACCACAGCAAAGAGAUACGACAGUGGAGGAAGUCCUUCCUGGUGAGCUUGGUUUUCUGCGUGCCUGUGAUGGGCAUGAUGGUCUACAUGAUUUAUAUGGACCACAAGAUGAACGCUACGCACCAUCACAACGCCACGAUUGAGGACCGCAACCGUUACCACUCCACCAUGUUCUUGGAGAGGCAGCUGCUCCCCGGCCUCUCCAUCAUGAACCUCCUCUCCUUUAUGUUCUGUGUGCCUGUGCAGUUUAUUGGAGGUCGUUACUUCUACAUCCAAGCCUACAAAGCGGUGAAGCACAAGUCUGCCAACAUGGACGUGCUCAUCGUUCUGGCCACCACCAUCGCCUUCAGCUACUCUCUGAUCGUCCUAAUCGUUGCCAUGGUGGAGAAAGCGAAAGUCAACCCCAUCACAUUCUUUGACACGCCUCCCAUGCUCUUUGUCUUCAUCUCGCUGGGACGCUGGCUGGAACAGAUCGCGAAGAGCAAAACCUCUGAGGCUUUAUCCAAGCUGAUGUCGUUACAAGCUACAGAAGCCACCGUUGUGAACCUCAGCAGCGACAACUGCGUUCUCAGUGAGGAACAGGUGGACGUUGAGCUGGUGCAGAGAGGCGACGUGGUCAAAGUCGUGCCCGGUGGGAAGUUUCCGGUUGAUGGGAGGGUCAUUGAGGGACAUUCGAUGGCAGACGAGUCUCUUAUCACAGGGGAGGCCAUGCCGGUGACAAAAAAGCCCGGGAGCUCAGUGAUCGCCGGCUCCAUAAACCAGAACGGCUCUCUGCUGGUCAGCGCUACUCACGUUGGGAUGGACACCACGCUGUCUCAGAUUGUUAAGCUGGUGGAGGAGGCGCAGACCUCAAAGGCUCCUAUCCAGCAGUAUGCAGAUAAGAUCAGUGGCUACUUUGUUCCCUUCAUCGUUGUAAUAUCGUUGCUCACACUGAUUGCCUGGAUCAUCAUUGGGUUUUUGGACUUUUCUCUGGUGGAGCAUUUCUUUCCUGGUUAUGAUCGAAGCAUUUCCAGGACCGAGGCAGUGAUUCGGUUUGCCUUCCAGGCCUCCAUAACAGUGCUGUGCAUCGCCUGCCCCUGUUCUCUUGGUCUGGCAACCCCGACAGCUGUCAUGGUGGGAACUGGGGUUGGAGCCCAAAAUGGCAUCCUGAUAAAAGGAGGAGAGCCCCUAGAGAUGGCUCAUAAGGUCCAGUCUGUCGUAUUCGACAAGACCGGGACGAUCACAUAUGGCGCUCCGAAGGUCGUCCAAGUCAAGAUGGUGGUGGAAGGAAACACGAUGCCUCGCUCCCGCCUGCUGGCCAUUGUGGGCACAGCAGAAAACAACAGUGAACACCCACUGGGAGCCGCUAUUACCAAAUACUGCAAGCAGGAGCUCGGUACGGAGUCUCUCGGCACCUGCACCGACUUUCAGGCCGUGCCGGGCUGCGGCGUCCGAUGUCGGGUCAGCAACACGGAGUCUCUGCUGAAGCAGGCAGACAGCGACAGCGAGGACAACAACCAGCGCAGCAGCAUCCUCGUCCAGAUCAGCGACACUCGUACGCCGGCCAGCUCCCACCCGCUCACAAUGGAUCCACAGCCUCUGAGUCUGGUCCAGACAGCCGUCUACGUUGUCCUGAUCGGCAACAGGGAAUGGAUGAGAAGAAACUGCCUUCAGGUCGGACCAGACAUCGAUGAAGCCAUGAUGGAGCAUGAGCGCAGAGGACGCACUGCUGUGCUGGUCGCUGUGGACAACGAGCUGUGUGCRAUGAUAGCCAUAGCCGACACUGUGAAACCUGAGGCGGAGCUGGCCGUCCACACGCUGACAAACAUGGGUCUGGAGGUGGUGCUGAUGACCGGAGACAACAGUAAGACAGCGCGCGCCAUCGCCUCCCAGGUGGGCAUCAGGAAAGUGUUUGCCGAGGUGCUGCCCUCCCACAAGGUGGCCAAAGUGGAGCAGCUGCAGCAGGCCGGGAAGAGAGUUGCCAUGGUGGGAGAYGGGGUUAACGACUCGCCCGCUCUGGCAAUGGCUGACGUCGGCAUCGCCAUAGGAACCGGGACAGAUGUUGCCAUCGAGGCAGCCGAUGUGGUGUUGAUCAGGAACGACCUGCUGGACGUCGUCGGCAGCAUCGACCUCUCCAAGAAGACGGUCAAGAGGAUCAGGAUCAACUUCGUCUUUGCUCUGAUUUACAACCUGGUUGGCAUUCCCAUCGCUGCUGGUGUGUUCCUGCCCAUUGGCCUGGUGCUACAGCCAUGGAUGGGUUCUGCUGCCAUGGCGCUGUCAUCUGUGUCUGUGGUUUUGUCCUCCCUUCUACUUAAAUGUUACACGAAACCCAGCGCCGAGAUGCUGGAAGCCAAACUCGGCAGCAGCAGGCGGCAGGGCAGCCUGUCUGACGUCAGCGUUCACAUCGGCAUGGGCGAGCUGCGCCGUCCCUCCCCCAAACUCAGCCUGCUGGACCGCAUCGUGAACUACAGCCGGGCCUCCAUCAACUCGCUGCGCUCCGACAAGCACUCGCUCAACAGCUUGGUGCUGAGCGAGCCCGAUAAACACUCGCUGCUGGUGGGGGGGCCGCUGUGCGAGGAGGAGAUCUGCUGAGCGCGUGCGUCCCAAGCGGCCUGCUUAGACAGACACUUCAGUUAUUAGAGGCUGAACUACGCUGAGACCAAAAGGUUUCUUUGAAAACCGGUCCAUCCAUACUUGAAGUUAGCUCACAAGACCGUCUGUGGCGGGCCAGAAAGAUGAUCUUCCUUUGCCUUUACAAUCUUCGAGAUCGACCCAAAGACAUUUAAACUUUGGUUCCCCUGGACACUACAAAGGAGGAAAAUUUGAACUCUGUUGUGUGAUUAUUCUAUUUAUAUUAUUAUUUAUCUACUUUUUGUCAUUGUGUCCUCUUAUGUGGAGAAUGAAGUUGUUGAGUCCAAAUGCCAAGUUUGAUUUUUAAUAAUCACAUAAUGAUAACUCUAACUAAGCAGCCUUGAAACAAGCAGAAAGUCGAUCGCAGGGGAGCGAGCUGUAAACGUUACCCAAGUGCCAGCUSAAACGCUACCUUUGCAAAGUCCAACACAUUCCAAAGAUGGCAAUCUUCACCCGUUUUCUUGGACUUUAUGUCCACAAUGUGUGAGCAAAGGUUACAUGUUUAUAGUCGGCACGCGCUAAAGGAUCUGGGUUUUUUUUGCACCUUUCCGUCAAUGUGAAAGKGAAUGUGUUUCUACUCGUUUAGAACUGAGCAGAAGUUGUUACGCGAGUCCCUUUGUGCUUGGAUUGCUUCAGUUGCCUGCUGCAGACAUGCCUGGCCUCACAAAGGCCAAACACUAAACAUGUUCGCAUCCAGCUUCUGGUUACAACUCAUAAAGUACAGUGUUACUGUUUUCUACGGAUUUAUGUAAUACCAAUCUGUCACUUUUUUGCUUUUAUGAUGGAUUCAUGUUAGAGCACUUGAUGAACGAAACGACGUUCGUCCCACAGCAUCAGUGGUUUCCAAUCAAGUCGACCAAACAGGUAAAACUCACUAAGUAGCUUGUUUUACUGAACCACUUUGUACAAUCAAAUGAGAUUAGAAGGGUCUCAUUUUGCAGACCAUAAAACUGUCAUUGUUUGUUUUUGCAGUAUUUUAUUUGCAGUUAUCUGGUAAAAUCUGUAGAAAGUUGCUCARCUACACUUUAUUUUUGUAUUGCUUUCUUCCUAAGCUAAAGAGCCACCAGGUUCAUCCAGUAAUGCUGUUUUCUUCUGCAGACCAAUCUUGAAUUUAUUUGUGGGUCCAUUUAUGCCAAUCUGUUGUAUUUGUGCAAUCUUUUUGUGAAAAUGUUCAUAAGGUUUGAGGUGUGUUUGCAGUCUGCCCAUUUAUCCUCUGUGGUUCUUCCAAACAUUGUGCCUUUGAAUAAAACGCUUUUGUAACGCAG